GUACGCCGCGACGCGGCUAAAAAUAAAAUAGUAAAACUCUAUAAACACAAUACAACCUUUUUGUAUAGUUUUUGAAUAGAUUAUGAGUGAUACUGUGUCUCAAAAUGGGCGUGGAUAGUUUGCCGCAAAGGCCGAAUUUGCAAAUCGAGGCUGGUGCUGGCGAAGGUCCAGGUCCACCAGUGAACAAUAACUCCGAGGGUGCAGUCGCUAGCCCCCCUCGUGAUGACAACCACAACGCGCAGCAACCACCCCCUGUCACACCCAGGGCCAGACCACUCACUCCUGCAGAAGCCCUGAAGCUGUACGGAGACAGGUUAUCAGAAUGGGAGAGGAAUGAAGUCAGGAAGUACCCUGAGGUGUGGUUCCUGGGGCUGGACUCCAACAAGGUGCAGGCGCGCGCCAACCUGCCCAACAACUGCGGGUUUGAUGACGAGAAUGGUAGCUAUAAUAAGCAAAUCCACGACCACAUAGCCUAUAGAUAUGAGAUUCUCGAAGUGAUCGGCAAAGGAUCCUUUGGCCAGGUCAUCAGGGCUCAAGACCACCGCACAGGGACGCAGGUCGCGAUCAAGAUCAUCAGGAAUAAGAAGCGGUUCCAUCAUCAGGCGCUGGUGGAAGUGAGAGUGCUGGAUCAUCUCCGGUUGAAGGAUAAGGACCAAGCCCACAACGUGAUUCAUAUGCUCGACUAUUUCUACUUUAGAAACCAUCUUUGCAUCAGUUUUGAACUUAUGAGUAUCAACUUGUACGAGCUAAUCAAGAAGAACAACUACCAAGGGUUCAGCCUGAGCCUCAUCAGGAGGUUCGCGAGUUCCCUCCUCCGAUGCCUCAGGCUGCUGGAAGGGGAGAACAUCAUACACUGUGACCUCAAACCAGAGAACAUUCUACUAAAAGCGAGAGGCAGUUCCUCAAUCAAGGUGAUUGACUUCGGGAGCUCUUGCUACACACAUGCGCGGGUCUACACCUACAUACAGUCGAGGUUCUACCGUAGCCCUGAGGUUAUACUGGGCUUGCAGUACGGGACACCUAUCGACAUGUGGAGCAUGGGAUGCAUCCUAGCGGAACUCCACACGGGUUACCCCCUGUUCCCGGGCGAGAAUGAAUCAGAACAGCUGGCUUGCAUCAUGGAGCUGCUUGGACCACCUCCCCCAGACCUGCUGCUGCAUGCUACAAGGAAGAGAUUGUUCUUUGACUCAAAAGGCUGCCCCCGCAGCAUCACCAACUCUAAGGGCCGCAAGCGGAGGCCUGGCACCAGAGCGCUCACCACCAUCGUGAGGUCAGACGACCCUGCCUUCCUGCACUUCUUGCACAGAUGUCUUGAAUGGGAUCCAAAGCGGCGAAUUACUCCAACGGAAGCCUCUCGUCACGAGUUCGUCACGGGAUGUGCUCUGGGCACGGCCCCAGCUGGAGUGCUGGCAUUACCUCGACUGGCACCGCCACGACCCACACGAGGAGCUCUCCUGCACUCGCAGUCCGCAGGCGACGUCGCCGCCAUGUUGGGCAGGGCGUGACCUCGCGACUCCUGAGUAAGGGUCGGCUCCGGAGGCCUGCCGUAGACAGCUUCGUUUUGUUUCCGUAGGUACAACGAGUAGGACUCCGACAGGGCCUCGACAGGCUCACAACAUGACUUUAGUGUAAUCAGUUCCUUUAUAUUCGGUGUCCUUGUUGUUCUUAUAUUGGAAUUCAAGUAUUCAGAUGUUACUUAUAAGGGUGUUUUUCGUGUUUAAGCAAUAAGUAAGAAAUCAGAAUUAGAACCUAGAGCGGACAAUAAAUCAAGGGCUAUCAGAGGUCAUCUGCAGCGACUGUAGCCCGCUGAACGAAACGAUUGAGCAACUUCCUAAGCGAUUGUAACGCGUAAGAUUUACUGAGUGUCUGAUUGUGACCUAAUCUCUGCUAUUAUUGCACAUCCUUCAUCUAUCUUCUAUACUUUACUUCUGACCUUGAAUGUGUAUUUUUCUCCGUUUAGCGUAAAUGGUCGUAAAAAUGUCAUUAAGGUGUUUACGACUAAUAGUCAUCAAAUUAGACGAGAGAUCGCCACUCUAACACCAGUAGUUGUGAAGCAACACUAAAACACAGUAAACGACCCACAGUGUGAUGGGUAAUGGGGUCAUAUCGGCAACAUAAUAGCCAUUAAAGACACUUAGCUUAAAUGAGUUACUUCACAACGUCUGCUUGCAAAAAUUUUGGCAAAAAUAUUUUUGGGUUGUGUGGAAAAGUGGCAAUUAUAUCUAUUGUUACCUAAUGUCACUAUGUUAUUGGUACCUAGUUAGUAUUCGUGACUGUUUCGGCUAGUUGAGUGCAUUGCCUCCACCUCCAUAUACACGGAAUACAAAUGAGUGGUUACAUUUAAAAAGUGUCACAAAGUCGUAAAUAUUUUGUAACAUAUUUUUUGUUCAAUAUUGUCAUUGUUGCGACAUUUUUUUGUUUUUAUUUCUGUGAAGUAACAAGGUGAAGUUUUGAACAAAAUACGAACGUAUUCUUAAAGUGCCAAAGAUCAUUAUUUUUAUAAGAAAGCUGAAUUAUUUCUGUUAUUAAUUUAUAGGUUCAUUAUUUCCAAUGGUUUGUCUGUCAAAUGCCUGCUCGAGGUCCAUGAUAAAGUAGGUAGAUGAACCUAAACUUAGUAUUAUACUAAGUGUAUUUCUAAUAUCUAAUACCAUAUCGUCAAAUAUCAUUCUUCUUUCGAUGUCGAGGUAGAAUCUACCAGAAUUUCUGUUUCUUAAGCUCCUUUAAACCCCUCUGUCCAAUGUUGUGUCGACUGAAACAUAGUACAAGUUUGUAUACGUUCUCAUAUCACAGAAUGGCUCUAUUUAUACAUUAAAAUACUUUAAUUUAUGUGCACUAAACGACUGUGUUUAUAGAAUCUAUAAUGGCGAAUGGAAUUAUAGAGACCAGAGAGCUAAAAUGGAUAAUAAAUCAGUCUUGUACGCAACACGUCUAACACAACUUCGUCUGAUUGUGAUUACGGUCUGAUUCUAUCUUUAAUAUUAAGUCUAAAUUGGGUUUUACUAAUUCCAUUGAUCGUUAUUAGAAGCAACAAGUUGGAAGCUUGUGUAAAGUUUUCAAUCUAACAAUAAUAUUACUCUAGUUUUAUCUAUUUGAUCGUAUUAUUAGGAGGCAAUAAAGCGCGCCAUUUUUGUUUGCCUUCGUUUCAAAAUUAGAUCGUGCUAGGAUUUGUUUUUUUUUAGGUUUAUAUGCGACAGACAAAAUAUUGCUAUAUUUAUUUGGCGUUUCAUUUGAGAACGAAAACCUCUUUGGUGGAUUUUUAGUGAAAGGAGAAUGGCAGGUUUGUAUGGAGGUUUG